GAAAACAGUUUUUAUUUUACAUUUUAAUUUUAAUUUUAAUUUUCUGAUAUGGGUAAUAUACAAACUGAUUCAACACAGAAACGCCGAGAUAUAUAGGAUGGUGGUAAUUAUCGCCGGCGAUCAGGUGGAUUUUCGCCGGAACUUUAUAUGCGGCGAUAUGCUCGAUCAAAAUUAACGAUGUCGUUGCAGGAAACAAACUUUUCAGGUGAUGUCUGCAUUUUGAAAAUUGAAGGGAUAGUGUGUCCUACACCUGAAGGUGUUCGACGAAAUGCCUAAGCGGUUGGAGCAGUGUGAUUUGUAGUUCUACCAUUUGAGAGAACUACAUGGUGAUGGAGAGAAUCACUUCUCGUCAGCUACUGUGGUGCUAGAAUUUUCAAAAUUGGAGAUUUUGGGGAACACAAGAUGCAGGCACCAUCUGCACAUGGCUCCUCCGCAAGCAAAGAAGAAGUCACAGGGGCGAAGAAAGAUUGAUAUGAAGUUGAUAGCGGAUGAAAAUGCCAGAACUGUGACGUUUUCCAAAAGAAGAGCCGGGCUGUUCAAGAAAGCCACAGAGCUUUCCGUCUUAUGUGGGACUCAAAUCGCCCUCAUAAUUUUUUCUCUUGGUGGUAGGGCCUAUUCAUUUGGCCAUCCUGAUGUAGAAUCUAUCGUUGGUCGUUUUUUUAACAGAAACCCGACACCAACGCCGCAGGAGUCUGCUCAUGCCAUGAGGAUUCGCGCUUCUAUGCUGCAAGAGAUUAAAGCGCAGUUUGAUCAAAAGAGCGAAGAACUGGAGACCAAAAAGAAGAGAACAAAAGAAAUCGAAGCAGCCUUGGAAAGCUCAUCGUAUCAAACCACGGAAGAGGGGUUAGAUGGGCUUGAUAUACAUCAACUCCAGCAACUGAAAGAAAAGAUGGUGAGGCUGAGAGAACAGGUGCGUCGUCUGGCCAAUGCACCGCGGGCGAAUGCUGUUGUUGCGCCCGCGGUUCCGGGGCCGGUGGGUGCAAAGCCUGCAAGGUCAGUACCACCACUAAAUCUGGCAAAAGUUAGGAAAAAUGAAGUUGGUGCUUCUUCAAUUCCACCUGAUUGGCUGAAACUGUAAUUUGUGUUAACCGCAUUUUGAGACUUGAGUUAUUGUUAUCGGCGUUUACUUGGUAUGAAAAUGAAGUAAUAAAGGUCGCUUUUAUGAGGA